CGGGGCUCUGCCCAGGAAGGGGCUGGAGCCGCCGGGGCUGGCAGGAACCAGCCAGGGCGGAAGCCGGGGGAACAAAGAACAGAAACCCGGGGGCAGCUCCCGGGCUGCGCAAUGCAAGACGCUGCUCCCGCGGGGGUCUGUGCGGGGGGGAGCCAUUAACCCCUCCCUGCCCAGCCGGGGGGUGGGGGGGCGGCUUUCUCCAGCUGGGACCAGCCCCUGAGCCAGAGACUGCAGUUCAUCCCAGCCUCCCGUGGGACAGGGAAGGGCAAUGGCUGCCAUGGAGCCCGUUCAGGGGCCGGUGACCUUCGAGGAGGUGGCUGUGUAUUUUACGAAGGAAGAGUGGGCUCUGCUGGACCCUGCUCAGAGAGCCCUCUACCGAGACGUCAUGCAGGAGACCUAUGAGACUGUGACCUCGCUGGGGUUUCCAGUGUCCAGACCUGAUGUGAGCUCCCAGCUGGAACGGGGGGAAGAGCCGUGGGUCCCGGACCUCCAGGGCUCGGAGGAAAGAGAGAUCCUGAGAUGCACCUACCCUGGUGAGGGGACGGUGAGUGGGAGUGUGGAGCAGAAUCCUGAAGAGGAAGAUACUGAACAAAGGGAACUGCUCAGGGUAUUAUCACGAAGAUCCAAAGGGAAAGUGCCCAGGAGUUCUGAGCGGGGAAAAGCUUAUGAGCAUCAGCAGAGGCCAGAGAGGCAGCAGGGAAACCAGCCAGGGGAGAAAGUGGAUAAAUCCAUUAAUUGCCGGGGAACACAUAAACACAUCAAGGAAACCACAGCCUGGCAGAAGAUUCUCAAAGGAGAGAGAAAAAACACAGGCACGGAGUGUGGGGAAAACUUCAGUCGAUGCUCAGACCUUAUUAACCAUGAGAGAAUUCACACGGGAGAAAGACCCUAUGAAUGCUGUGAAUGUGGGAAACGCUUUGCUCAGAGUUCAGCUCUUAUGAUACAUCAGAGAAUCCACACAGGGGAGAGACCCUACGGAUGCUGUGAGUGCGGGAAAAACUUCACUAACAGCUCAGCCCUUAUUACGCAUCAGAGAAUCCACACAGGGGAGAGACCGUAUGAAUGCAGUGAGUGCGGGAAAAGCUUCACUCAGAGCUCAAACCUUACUAUACACGAGAGAAUUCACAGGGGAGAGAGACCCUAUGAAUGCUGUGAAUGCGGGAAAAACUUCCCUCGGAGCUCAGCCCUUAUAAGACAUCAAAGAAUCCACGCGGGGGAGAGACCGUACGAAUGCGGUGAAUGUGGGAAAAGCUUCACUGAAAGCUCAGACCUUCUUAUACACCAGAGAGUCCACACAGGAGAAAGACCCUAUAAAUGCAGUGAGUGUGGAAAAAGCUUCACUAAGAGAUCAGUCCUUGUUACGCAUCAGAGGAUCCACACAGGGGAGAGACCCUACGAAUGCGGUGAGUGCGGGAAAAGCUUCACUCAGAGCUCAGCCCUUAUUGCACAUCGGAGAAUCCACAGAGGGGAGAGACCUUAUGAAUGCCGUGAGUGCGGGAAAACCUUCACUGACAGCUCAGCCCUGAUUCAACAUCAGAGAAUCCACAGCGGAGAGAGACCCUAUGAAUGCCGUGAGUGCGGGAAAAACUUCGCACGUAACUCAGCCCUGAUUACGCAUCAGAGGAUCCACACAGUCGUCGGGGUUUCCGGCCACAAGGGAGCAGCAGAUCAUCUGGGUCUGACCUCAUGUGUAGCACAGGCCACCGACAUCACCCAGCACCGCACGGUAACCCAUCAACCACAGGGAUACCCCGGGAGCCUGAGCCAUUCUGUGCCCCAGCCAGAGAACAGGAGGGACCCAGGGGCACCAGGGGCUGAUGCCCGUGCAGCGGCAGGGAAAUGCUGAUGAGAGGUAUGCCCAGAUAAUCGUGGCAAGUGACUCACACCCCAUGCUGCAGAAGACGCUGGGGAUGGUAGCUUCCAUGAAAUGCCUGGCUGGGGCGGUGAGGAUCACGGCUCUUGUGACAUCUGUGGCAGGGCUGUUGCGGAUCCCCAGCUCGUGCAAAGCCUGGCUUCAGUGGUGGGAUAACAGGGGGGAGGGAUAGCUCAGUGGUUUGAGCAUUGGCCUGCUAAACCCAAGGUUGUGAGUUCAAUCCUGGAGGGGGGGCCAUUUAGGGAUCUGGGGCAAAAAUUGGGGAUUGGUCCUGCUUUGAGCAGGGGGUUGCACUAGAUGACCUCCUUGGCUCUUGGAAAUCAGAGCUCCCACAAAGUACCUGGCUGGUCUGGUGGGGAUCACGGCUCCCGCGAAAGGCCUGGCUUUGCUUGUGGGAAUCCCAGCUCACAAAGAAAUGACUUGCUGGGGUAUCACGGCUCCCAUGACAAGCCGGGCUGGGCUGGUAGGGAUCACUACUACUGUGGUGGGUGACUUCUGGGAACUCUUCUGGCUCCAUCAAUCUGUUUCUUCGCUUCCGCAGUAUGCAUCCGAUGAAGUGAGCUGUAGCUCACGAAAGCUUAUGCUCAAAUAAAUUGGUUAGUCUCUAAGGUGCCACAAGUCCUCCUUUUCUUUUCACUACUACUACGAAAUUCCUGGAUGGGCUGGUGGGGAUUAGGGCUCCCUCAAAGGGGCUGGCUGGGCCGGUGGAGCUUGUAAACGUGCAGUGCUCGCUCAGACGAUAACCCUGGUGCUCACCAGGCUAAAGGAGCUGGACCUGCCAUGCAGCAAACAGUUCAGGCUUCAUGGGAAUUAUAAACUCCGUUGUCUCUUCGUAACUCCCUUGAUUGGUGAAAUACAGACCUCAGAGCAGCUGUGAACUCUGUAGGCUAGGGGUGUGGGUCAGAGAUUUCACAUCCAGUGCUGGACCAGUGAUACCCUGGGGAUGAGUAUAAUCAGUGGACUUGGAGAGCUAUGUUAGGUCCACCCCGUUAUACCCCAUAGAACCUCCCAAUAGGAGCCAGACCUGAACCCAGGGUAGCGUGGACCAGGCUAGUUCAGUCUACACAACAGCCUAGGCCCUGCAUUCCUUUCAUUUGGCCAAGGGCAAGGCUCAGCGGCCAAGACACCGAAGAUGAGUUCAUAAACAGGGGAGAAUAAAGUGCGGCUCUACGUUUAUUAUCUUGCCGUGAUUCCAGAUUAAAUGUACUCAGGUUAGAAACAAAGAUAAAAAUUUUUUUUCAUAAUUGUCAGGCUGGAAAUCUCAGCCUAGGAUCUGAAAUUCUAGACAAUACUAGAAUCUUGCAUGUCUUUUUUGUGUGUGUUAAAUAUCAGAUUUUAGCCUUCUAGGUCAUGAAGGAAACAUGAUCUGAAAAGCUCAAAAAGUAGGAAAGAAAUAGUAUUACCCCCCCCCGCCCCCCAAAUGUAGCAUUUCUUAAAUGAUUCAUGAUUUUUAAGGCAUCCUCAGGACUUUUGAGGCCUGACUCCUAGUCACUGCAUGCUGGGAACUGCAAAAAUAAUGUGUAUUUUAGUUCAUCACCACCUGGGCAGUCCCUGCUGUGAGAGACGUGCCUCACCUGUUGUCAAGACCAGAAGUUGUGGGAGCGAGCAGAAGGCUGCCGCCUGAGAGGCACCAAGAGACGGUACUCUGCCUUGCCCUGGUAACGACGGCUGCCUGAAAUCUCCCCCACUUGGUGCUCUGCAAGCGGCAUCACCCUGGAAUGCAACCCCGGCUGCUCCCAACCCUGCCUUCGGGAGCUACCGUAGCCCAGCAGACAUGACGCAUGCUUCACCGAGGACCAUUGCAACAACCUAUCCUGAAGUGAGCUGUAGCUCACGAAAGCUUAUGCUCAAAUAAAUUGGUUAGUCUCUAAGGUGCCACUAGUCCUCCUCGUUCUUUUUGCUGAUACAGACUAACACGGCUGCUACUCUGAAACCUGUACAAAUAUUUGUUUUGCAACUGUAAACCCAUCAGGAGGGAGGCAUCAUUAAGUGUGACAUACUGGUGUAUCACCAGAGGUGUCAUCUCCUCUCCAUCAAAAGGCAGCCCAUAGACACCAGACAAGCCUCAGUGGACAAAAGACUUGUUGAUUCUCCCCCCACAGCCAGGAAGAGGAGAACUCACCCCAUCGGCUUGAACUCUGGGGGGGGCGGGGGGGGGGGAGGGAAUAAAAAUCCUGGUUAAAAGAACAAUUAUGUCUACGCUGCUUCAACUCUGAGGUUGCAAGUCAGGCAGCCAAGCCCAGGCCUCUGCCCCCAGCAAGCGCAGCUGGGACAUGAAAUGGGAAGAGACGAGGAGAAUUGUUUGUAAUGUUUUAUUGACAAUAAGUAACUGGAAAGCUGGAGAGUAAAAAGCGUAGGGGAAAGGAGAUCCCCAGCCACUGAGAACAGUCCUCUUAAUGGCAUCACAGUAGCAAAGAUAUGCAGGAAUAACAGAGGGAAUUACUGCGUGACAGUCUCACUUUCAGGAACAUUUCAUAAAUCUCUCCCUCUCUCAUGUUCUCUUUUCUUCUCGGUGUUUUCCUAGCCCUCACUUCCCAUCCCUGUUUAUUUUUCUGGGUCUCUCCCACUGGCCUCUCUCCUCCCUGACACAGAUCAUUGGCUUCUCCAUUCUUUCCCGAUUUUAUCUCCUCCCCUCUUUCUGCUCCCAGGCUGGUUCCCCUGCCAGACAUAUUUUCCUUUCACGCUUUUCAUUUCUAAUUUGCCACCAUCUCUCCAAGGCUCUCCCUUUCUUCUUGUUUUAUUUUAAUUCACAUUUUCGUCUCGCUUCUCCUAGUCCCUCUGGUUAAACCCGCCCUGUCCCUGCCAACCUCAGGAGUUU